GUCGUCUGUGAUCAAAUUGUCAAAAAGUCAAAAAAGUUAACGGCAGAGCAGAGUUUUUGUAUAUUUUAAUUUUAUUUAUUUACAAAGUCGAUUAUUACUUUUCUUUCAUGUUUGUUAAAUUAAAAUUUCACCAAUGAACACUUUUAAAAAUAAAAUUAGCUAUGAAAGUCCUUGCGAUUCCGAUAACGACUGGACGAAUUCUUCGGAUGACUCCAAAUAUUCGGAUACUGAAAGUUCAGUCCCGGAAUGGGACUCGGAUAUAGGAGAAGACGGGGAAUUGGUAUAUAUUAAAACAAAAGUGAACAAUGAGGUAACAGAUAAUUCCAAGACUCCGUUACUUGAAAGCUGUGAAACUUUUAAAUUAAGAAGUGACUUUAAAAGAACUUCUACAAGACGAUCUACUAGAGGGAAAAUAUUCAAAGUGUUAAAGAAUCGCAAGCAUAAAGUAAAAGACAAUGGGAAUGAUAAGAAAAAAGAUUUAGAAGAUAACAAUAAGUUUUUAAUUAUACAGGUCAGUAAAAAUAUGAUAUUCAGCAGUGACAAAAAUUGCCAAAUCGAAAAACUGUUUGGUAUCAGCUUAGAAACCCACACAGAUGGUAAAACUUUAGUGGUUGCUGACUUUCUGCCUGAGGCCAAAGCUAUAUACAUACCAAAAGUCAAAUCUGGUUAUUAUUUAUUAAAAAUCAAUGGCAUAGAGGUAACAUCGUAUAAUAUCAAUAAUGUCUUACAGAGAGUUGUUGAGGAUAUUGAAAAUCCAAAAUUGACUUUUCAAGUUGUGACUGAAGGAUUAAAUAUUGAUAUAGAGAAGUUAUUGACACCUAAAAAUGCUCCAGAGAACUCUACAAUACAGUUACUGAAAGAUUCUAUGUGCUCUGCUCUUUAUAUGUGUGGUAAUGAUGUUGAAUAUCCAAGCAACGAUGAUAAAGGAGUGCUGUACUGUUUCCCUAGACCGUUUAACCAGAAUUUUCUAUACAAUACUAGAGGGGCUUAUUUGACACUAAAUCAUUUAGCGCCGAAGUCUUUGGGUACAAGCGAACCAUUAAUAUCUACUGUAUUUCACAAAAACCAACUUAUCAAUGUGACAUACGCCUCUCACUGCAAUGAUUUGCUAUUAAUUGCUAUACCGAAUGAUAAAAUUGAUGCAUUCGCUUCCAAAAGAAUAAUAAAUGAUAUUGUAAAAGUUUUGGACUUAUUGUAUGGUUCUCUUAAGAUGUGUUUUACUAAACCAAAUAAUGUGGAUAAGCUAGAUAGUUUGUUUUCAAGGAUAUUUGUAUCUUUACUAUUUGGGAAUAAGUGUAAAGAUAAGACGGAUAAUAUAAAUGUGUGUUUUGAAGAGACUUUGGCAGCUAGAACUCUGUCUUUGCCAUUGGAAGUUAAGAUUCAGUUGGAUGAUGCUAUAACAGAGUUAGAAGCUGCUGACUAUAGAGAGUGGACAGAUGACGUAGAAAAUUUCCAACGUCUCUACACUGUGAUUGGUGCGUGUUUGUAUUACUCGGGCCAUUUAUUGAGCUCUCACUUGCAAGACGAAGAUCUCAAAGAGAUAAAUGCAUACUUGAAACUGAAUGGAAUAUUGAGCCUUAGCACUGAGAAAGAUAUAGAGAGAUUGGUUAUAUGGAAGGAGGUGUUCAUACAUGAGCAUAGAAAGCAGAACAAAAUUGAAUCAAAUGAAUACAGAAUUCCGGACGGGCGCUGGUUCCUACUGGUUGUGGGUAAGGGACAUUUCGUACUCGCAACGUUGAUGGAAGCCGGCGGAUGUACGGAAGAUGCAGUAGGUGUGACCCCACCGUCUCCAUUCUAUGUGGAAGAGUGUGAGAGUUGCCUAGAGUUGCUGUUUGAUGUGGGCCUGAACAAGUACUUGCCCUCCUGGUUCUCUUCCAACAGCCAGCCGCAAGUGGAGACCUCGCCCCAGUGUCUCACCAAACACGGGAGGAAGACCAGAGACAAUACUUCAACAAAAGCCGACCACAAAAAUCCGAUAACAAAACACCCAAAACAUCAAUCUGACAUGAAAAGGCGUCACAACUCGUCGGAUCAGAUCAACUCGGGCUCAACCAGCGAGAUCAACAACUACCAAAGCACGAGUCAGCACAAUUUGUAUGCGCAGUGGUACAACGGACCGCAGAAGCAGUACCGACAUUCCAGUAUAGAUGUCAGUUAUUCAGAAGACUCUGGGAGUGUGAAGAGCAAUAGUGAGAUAAGUGACGAUCGUGUGGCAGGCAGGCGAGCGGACAGAGAACAGAAACAUCGACGAGAGUCUUCCGGAUCAGAUUCUGAUUGGGAUAAACAGGAUGGCAGCAGGUCAAGUAACAUCGAUAUGUCGGACAUAAGGAAGUCGCUGCUAGAAGAACUCGAUCAUGUCACUGUACAGAGAAUAACAGCCGGUGAAGAAAAUGUGCUCUUUCAUUUCAUACAACUGGAGUCUGAGAAAGGCGUUUUGAUAGCGCCUGUGAGGAACAUAGAGUUACAGGCAAAUAACGCUCUGUACACACAUAUUGUAAAAACAUUUAGGAGUGCAUGUAAAAAAAUACAUGAACUAUUGCAACAUAGCAUAAAAUUCAAAAAAAAUCACGCACCAUCCAAUCCUCUGAACAAAAUUUUGGUGGCAGUAAAAGAAUAUGGGAUGUUAUUUGAAGCGCCACCAGAAAUACUUCACCAGUGUGGAAUUAGCAGGAAGAAUUGUGAACCUUUCCAUUUUUGGGUUGUUGGCCGUGUGUUUAGUGAACCUGAGCCUCGAGAACUUUAUCUUUGCUACCACGAAUCUGUCCCGCAAGAUAUUACGGAAAUCGCAUAUCUACUCUCAUAUUUGGAGUGAAGCAGUAUUGUUAAGAUAUUUAAAAAUACUAUUUACUUAAUAUGAAGAUACUAAAUAUUUUAAAAGAUAGAUUUCAAUCCAGCCAUUUAUAGAAGACUGCAUAAGCAAAAUUAAAUAAAAAGCUUUAGGUUUUAUUACAUCACAUAGUAUUAUGAUUGCAUUUAAUGUUUUUGUUAACCGGAAAUCUCCGAAAUCUCGUCCGUCCGUAAAUUAAGUACCUAUUUAAGUUAUAUAUUUUUUUAUAUUUACACUAUUCAUUUUAUACUUUUUUUUUAAAUAAACGUCUACAAGAAUAAAGAA